UCGAUCAUCUACUGAUCCGGCGAAAUUUAAAUAAACGGCAGUUGACCGGGCUUUUAUUUUCUUCGUGGUUCUUUUUAUUGUGCAUCUGCAUUUGUGCCAAAAUGCCCGCUAGUGCCCUAUAAGAAAACAUCGAGAAUUUAGUUCGUGACAACUAUGUUGUUGCUGUGAAGGGUUAUUGUGCUGCGCAAAGUGCUUACAGACGGGACGAUGUCAGUUUUACAUCAUACAGGUCGGUCGUCUGCACGGCGAAGCUCCCUUCCUCGUUAUGACCUCCGGCGACGCGUUCUUGUCUCAAAUCUCAAUCGUCAUAUUCCUUCGCAAAAGGCGAAACUUACUCAUUUGACUGCAUUGCCAUCGAAACCUGACACUGCUGCGCCCCUAGACUUGAUUAGGGAUUUGCCAAAUGCUGCUUCUUCUCUGGGCAAACGCGUUAAAAUGAAUUGCGUCUCAUCUCAUCCAUCGAACUUGAUAACACCUGAAAAAAAACAGGAGAGCAGAUUUCGCAUUGAUCCUACUAUUCUUCGAAAUCCGAUCGUCCAUACUCCGCUCAAAGCUUCUCCACCAAAACGACGAAGAAACGAUAACCAUGGCUUGCUUAGGGACACGAUGUCGAUCCAUCUGCUAAAGGAAGACUACAUCCCACCCGCAAAAAAAGACCGUAUAGAUGUUCCUGUUAAAGACGUCAUACUAGCACAUACUACUUCUACGGGAGUGCGUCCUCUAAAGGAUGAAAUUACCGACAAACUGUGUGUUCCAACUAAACCAGUUCCUUUGCCACGAAAAUCGAAAAUGGGAAGUACCUCAGGUUCGAAAGAAAGCAGUAGACACGAGUUAGCCAUAAACUCGCACGCUUCAACCGAUUCUGACUCAUUGUAUGCCCGAAUCGAAAACUGUACCACAGGCAGUAAGCAGGAUCUGGUAAAAUAUGGCCAAACUGGCUUGUUGUCUCCGAAUUUUCCUGGACGUUCUUCUGCUCUACGCCUCGCUGUUGACCAGCAAGCAACUUCAGUCUUGAGAGACUGCGCCGAUGCCAAAAAACGAGAAAAUUCUCGUGUCGAUGAGAAUCGGGCGAAACUACGGCAGAGACUGCCGUCGAAUUCAGCUGGCCAAUGUCGAGCACGAAAAAGUCUGCUCUUCUCUGAUGGCAUCGACAGCUCAAAAGCGCCUUCUGGUCUCACUUUAAAGAAUAUUUACGCUGCUGAAAUUCAGUCAGAGUCUCCUUUGAGGGACACCUUGAGUCGCGUACCCUCGCCGCCGGAUGAUCGCUGCCUGCGAUCCCAGCCACGGGUGCUUAACCAGAGCGGAAUAUAUUCGAAUAAUACGUUUGUUGUUGGAUCGAACAAGUUGAAAAAAGACGAGGUGGACAGAUCUUACGGAUUUGCGUGCCGAAUGCGACCCUCACUGCGCGCCUUGGGUGAACCUAACGCAUCGCAGAUUCUACUACCCAGUAAAAGUGCCAAACACGAAAUGCAAAUGGACACACUCCCUAAGGGAGGCAACACUGAUCAGGCGCCACCGCUUCCACCUCCGCGACCUGUAAAACCGCCGCGAACUAUGGCAUCUCCGAAAAAUACUCAGCUUAAUCUAAUAAAAGAUAGCCAAGUCGGACCAACGCCCACAACCCCCAAUAGAGAAGUGGCUAUUCAGACAUCAUUUUUAGUCCACGGGGCAGAUAACUGUCCUCAGGCAUUAAAUCUUUCGGCAAAAAAGCGGCGACGUUCAAUGGAGAUUAUUGCUGAAGUUAGUGCCAAAGUGAAGCGUAAGGGCAGCAUGCUCCGGGAUAAGAUACGGAGAUCGCUCGAGCUUACCCCGGGAAAGACUGCUUCCCAGGAGCUCUGCACUUAAAAGAAGAUUUUGAAAAGAUUGUUCCUAUUAACGUAGAUCUAUAUAUAUUUAUAUAGGUGCAAGGGCAUCUUUAUUAAAUUCUCAGGUCUUUUGCCUGUGUGGUUAAUUAACUACGUCGAUUGCUUUGGAUUGAUCACGAGUUAUGCAGGUGAGCACUUGUAAAUUCUGCAACAAAGAGUUCAUUCCGUUUUCAAAAGAAUGAUCUAGGUGUAAUGUCGCAUCGGCUCAUAUUCGUCUAUAAAGUAUAUUCGUCAUUUUAUUUGGCAAAUUAAAAUUCUGAACUUUCAGUGUGUUCCACUACUUGAACGGAUUCUUGUUCGAGGGAGGGAAUCGAACAGACCCCACGGACACAAUAAAAUCAAGAUAUGAAAUAGGCGUUGGGCGGAACAAGUACAAUUAAGUAUAUGACAUGGUAUUGUCGAGUAAUGGUACGUUCGAAGAAAGAUCGCUCCUGUAGGGAUUAGAGGCUUAUGAAAGCCCUUAGACCACUACUCAUAUUGUAUGAAUCGCUCGUUGCAUACAUGUGGUCUCUCCAAGUCUAAACGUCUGCAGGUAGACUAAUUAGGGUUUCUCGGAAAAAGGUUGGCCCUAAAUGGGUUAUUUUUUUCUCUUCGUAGACACCUCCAUGAUGAGUCUGUGUAAUAAUUGCAAUUUAUGAUUUUAUUUACUUUAAUCACUUUGACACACGUAACCUUCUUUUUAAGUUAAAAAUAGUUUGCCCUUGCUAAUCUUAAUUCUUGUAAUUAGCUCAAUUUAUAGCGAUGCAACAAUAUAGUACGCUAUACAAAGUACUUUCCCAAUUUAAUUGUUUAGAAAAUCAAUAUCCAACCGCAUAUUUGAAUUAGACGUUUGCGUAUAAUGCAGCUUUAGCUUUCCUAUUUUCCUACCUUUCCUCAGUAGUUAGCGGAACUGCAUUCUGACAUUUUUUUUACGGGUGUUUGAACAUGGUGACAUGCUUACAAUGCCGAUGUUUUUUGAUAUAAUUUUUCUGAUUGGGGCUGAACGUACUACAAUGUUAAACAGACUAUAAAACUCCAAUAAUAUAUAUAAAACGCUGUCUGAUUUCAUAAGCUAAAUACGCACAUUAACUGAAAGGCAUCUGCUUCUACAAGAGAUAGUGGUUACAAUUUGUAAUGCAACGAUAUGAUGAUGGAACUUUAUUUCGUUUUAUAGAAAGAAAAAAUCAUUUGAAUAAGUUUG